GUUUUUAGACUGUGUUUGUUACACUAAAUCAAUGACUGAAAUUGACAUUUAAUCCCUAACAGUUUUGAUAACUAGUCACCUGAGCCAGAGCUGCUCCUGCCAACAUGAGUAACCAGGCAACAGUAAACAAACAUACAGCUCGGUUUGCUUCAGGACUGUGGAACUGUGCAUAGUCUACCUGUAGUCUAAUUUAAUUGUCAAAAAAAUGAGCUCUGAGGUUUUAGUGUCAAGACCCCACUAUGACAGCAGAGCAGUGGCUCAGAGAGUUUCGGUGAGAGACCCUCAUGUAGAGCUUGAUGUGCCGCAGCCGUCCUCGGGCUCAGCCACAGCGGGGUACCGCUCAGCUAAAUACUCUCCGGCUGAGUGGUUCAGAAACUACCGCACCGUGCUUCAGCAGGCCGGUACCGACCGCAACGUAGCCCAGAGCAUCCUGCGAGAGUCCAAAACUCUGCACCAGGACACCGAGGCUGCCACUUUUAAAACCCAAGCCUUGGGAACACGUCUUCUGGGAGAGAGACUACAAGAGACCCACUACUGGAAGUCUGAGCUGAAGCGGCACGUCGACAAGCUGCUGGCCGAGACAGAGUCACUGCUGGCGCUGAAAACGAGACUGGAGAAGGCGCUGGACGCCACCGAGACUCCGUUUGCCAUCGCCACUGACAAUCUCAACUGCAGGGCUAGGAGACCUGGAGCAGACCUAGUCCAAGACACUGUGGAGGAAGAGCUGGUGAAGGAAGUGGACUUGAUCAGGAGCAUCCAGGCUCUUCUGAAGAGAACUAUAGCUCAGGUUGUCACUCAGAUCAAGAUGAACAGAGAGGCCAAACAGAUGUUGGAGUUAGACUGGUCUGAUAAGUACCAGGCCUACAACUUAGAUGACCACAGUGGAAGAUACAGUAACACGAGCCCAGAUACGCAGCACCACCCAAGCUCAGCCGCCCUGCAAGACCAGGUUUGUAACUGCACAUUGUGGACAAAGUUUACACAGGACAACCUGUCCAAGGCCUUGCAGGAAGAACAGACCACCAACAGUCUCAGAGUGCUGGUGGAGCGAGUGCUGCAGGACACCACUGAUGAUCUGAGAGUCCAGUGCUCCAGCGUGGACAGAGCCUUCAGCCAGCGAUGUGCAGAGCUGAUAGAGGCCAAAACCCAGCUGGAGAUGAAGCUCGCACAGGUCUUGGAGCAGAUUGGAGCCCAGGAGAGGAACAUUGUGGCUCUGCAGCAGGCCAUCCACAACAAAGAGGCUCCACUGAGAGUAGCUCAGUCCAGACUUUACCUCCGCUCCCUCAGACCCAACAUGGAGCUCUGCAGAGAUGAGCCCCAGUUUAGUUUGGAAGGGGAGGUGAGGCAGAUCGAUGCCACUCUGGCAUCUCUGCACAAGCAGCUGAGUGAGGCCAGAGGCUCCCUGUCCCACCUGGAAGAGUCACGCAUCACCAUAGAGAAGGACAUUAACUGUAAAACCCACUCGCUGUUCAUCGAGAGAGACAAGUGCAUGUCUCACCGUAAACGCUACCCAGCGGUCUCCACACUGUCAGGAUACUGACGACGAAUCUGAGUGUUUGUGUGAAAUUUGCUUUGGUUUUGCUAUUUUUCAUGUUAAUAUCCUGGAUUGUUUUGUCUCUCUGUGCUGUGUGUAAAGAUCAGGGAGAUAUUGUGUCAGCAAGAAACUUUAAAACUAAGUAUAUUUAAAAUGUUUGUAUGACUAUAUGCUAAAAGAAUUUUCACAUCCCACUUAAUGUAAUGCAGAAACAUAUAAAUAAUAAUAAUAAUAAUAAUAAUACAUUUUGUGUGUGACCUCUAAGUAUACAAAAAUAAAACACUUGAUAGUAAGGUAUUAUUUGUGCAUUGUAGAGAGGGGAUACGUUUUGAGGCAGACCAAAAAUGCAGGCUGAAAGAAUGUUCAUCCCACCAUAACUAUUGCUGCUAAAGUGGUAGCUUCUCCAUAUUCACCAAGGUUACUAAUGUUUAACAAUUGCAAGGAUUUACUCCACCAGAGUGAGCUCUUGAGCCUCAAUGUCUCGUCUCCUGUCACAUUGGAUUACAGAGAGCCGACUUCCACCACACAAGCAGCAUCCAAAUCUCUAAAUAUACAUAUCUCAUACAUAGACAAGUAAACUGUUAAAAUCACAAUCAACAUGUUACAGCAAGUUUUACGUUUGUGGCACAGACAUUUAUAUGUGCUGUAUAUGAAACAGGUUUUAAAGACCAUCUCUUCUAAUCCCAAAACACAUCUUUUGUGUUGUCUCACUGCUGAGCACUCAGAGCGACAUAAUAUUAAAGAAAGCAAAUAUUAAUUAAGUAUUCUAACAAAAGGAAAAUUGAAACCCAGCCCAACAUCAUUAAAAUAAGGACCGUCAUGACUUUUACAGUAAAGACAAUCCUGCAAUUUCCUGCAAUUUUAAUGUGGAUUUUUUAUUUAUUUUGAUUACAUAUUCAGUUUAUGGUUCAAUUUAAUAAGUGUUAAAGCAUUGUAGCCUCAUCUUUAGAAAUAUCUGCUCUUUUUUAUUUGCUGUAAAAUAUAAAGCAACCGUCCGUCUCUAUUCUUAGAGAGAACUUCCUUUCUGUGAGAAGGUGCCACGACUGAGGAUGUUAUGAAACUGAACUUGAUGCAAAGAAAAAAGAGUUCAGACAGGCAGCUCCGUUCCUACUGUGGAGCACGUAUUUAUUUCAUGACACCACUAACUGUGGGCAUGGGAUGGUGCCAGUGCUGCUGCUCUGCGUGUGUGUGUGUGUGUUCGUGUGUGUGUGUG